AUGCAAGUCGAUGUGGUUGACAAUUACGAGCAGCUGAGACAUUUGUCUAAUCCUGUCACGCGACGAUUGGAUGAUAAUAUGCAGUUGACAUUGAUAAAUCUUCCUGAUGUUUGUUUGGAGGCGAUCCUGUCUAACCUUUCUUAUGAUGAGAUUUCUAAAUAUAGGAUCGUUUGCAGACAAUUUAAUCGGAUUUGCAAGAAAUUACUUAAUCGUGGUUUUAAUCUGAUGGAAAAAUAUCAUGCACAGUGCCUUCGUGCAGUAAAAAGUAAAUUACCAAGGAGAGAAUCGGAGCGAAGAAGUCAUCCUCUUGCGCGUCAUUGUGAUAUAUUAACAGCGAUAGAAACAAGAAUCUCUAUGCUAUCAAUGACUUUCAUUAAGUAUGUGGAUCUGAACGUUUGUUGUUUUAUUCCAGGAAAGGUAAUUGAUGAAAUUUUUCGUGUCCUUCGAUUAAUUCGAGAAACAAAAACCCCACCUAGAGCGCAUGAGAUACUUCAAGAACUGCGGGAUAUAAGCAGUAUGGCCAUGGAGCAUUUUGAUGAAAAGAUUCUGCCAGAUUUAAAACACAAUAUUUGCACAUCUAUGAUUGGAACCGUGAAUUCGUACGAUAUACCUGGUGGGGUCAUGAUCUCCCCCAGUAGAAAUAACUCUGCACUGCCACAUUGCAACAAUCACAGCUCAACCUGCUCAGAAAAACUUAAUCAGACUUUUAAGAAAAUUAACAAUUGUAUGAAAAAGAACAAGAUAUUCUUCUUGUCUGUAAGAAACCAAAUGGGUAGAAUAAAGCUCAGAAUGCAAAGGCAACACUAUCAGAUACGGAUGCAAAACUUGAAAUUACAGAAACAAGUAAAGAAGAUACAUGAUCAAGACAUGCAGUUAGCUGAGAUGCGGAAGCAUCUUGAGGAAUGGGAGCAAAAAAUGGUCGAUUUAACUACCGAACUGAGUCGAGCACGAGAAGAAACUCAGAACCCUGACUCAUUAGAAAAUCGCAAACGGAAAGCACACAUUGAUAUUAUCAGUGCUGAUGUCGAGACACUUCAACAGACGAAUGAGUUACAUGCCAAAAAACGCAAACUCAUAGUAGAAAGAAAAUCAUCGAGUGACGCGCAGGAUAUGAAGUUCAAAAAAUUUAUGUCGGAAUUACUUGCGAAAAGUGCGUUAGAUAAAUACCUCGUCGGUCCAUCGUGCUCGCGCUAAUUUGGCUUUUCUACAUUAAUAUUCCUAGCAUAAAAAUUUUUGCAGAAUUAUAUUCUUUGUAUAAAGCAUUUUUUAAUUGUUAUAAUAAAAUAGAUAUAGCAGCCAUA